AUGUCACGACAGUACGACUCGAGUACGCCGUCGUCCGAGGACCCUUCGCCAAAAUCCACGAUUCCACGUUCUAGCACUGGCUCGCCGCCAGGCAGCGCAGGCGAGCAGGAACGUCCCAGUACCGGAGACGUCGACCAGCCUUCUUCGCCCCCGCAAUCGCCUCCGGGCAAGUCGUCGAGCUCGGAGGGCUACCCCUCCUGGCUCCCCAAGCGUCCUCCUCCACCCGCGCCGCGUUCCACUUUGCAGUCCUCUGUCGCUGGCAUGUACACUGGCGCUGAGCCCGGUCCGAGCACUGAGCCGUUCGUAGGCGGGCGGAAACCUACGCCUCGCUCGGGGUCAGGCGACCAGGCGGAGAAAGAGUCCAAGGCACGUCGCGAGCCCACGGAUCAGUCUCGCGCGUUCUCUGGGCCCGCGCACGCACGUGUAUGGUCGCGCGCGACGAGCGCAGGCCUCACGCCGACGUUGUUCUCGUCGGGCUCGCCUCAGUUUCCGCGGCCGCGGUUUCGCUCGGCUGGGCUCCACUUGGAGCUGCUGCGACACCCUUCAUGGAGGAUGCGCUGCUUAUUUUUCUUCUUCCCUCUCUUCGUCUUUGCGCACAUCCCGCUGCAGACGUUCUUCGAUUUCAAUGCUGUAUUCAUCUUGAUUCUUUCCCAACCCUCUGCGCCUGGUGUGCCCGGCUCGGGGCGGGAUUGGGCGCUGGCUGCAGCCGCCUACAUUGCUUGCUGGUUCACCUGGAUCGUUGUAAUUUCUAUUGUAUAUGAGCUCCUCUAUUCUUUCACCCGCCGUUGGAGAGUCAAACGACCGCUAAUGUUCCCCCUGUACAUAUCCUCGCCCGCAUUCAACCUUGUCUCCAUGACGUCGUACACCAACUUCUGCUUCAUGUAUCAUAUCCGCGUGUCCGCCUUCACCGGGGAGCACGCCUCCUUGCGCGACGGGCUUGCCGAGACGGCACAUUAUUACUCACAGAAUGGCCGACUGUCAUCCUGCUCAUGCCGCCCCGGUGCGAUCGCGCAGGACGACGCUGGGAUCAGCCCACGGGACGGGACGUUCUUCCGUGCGGACGGCACUCUCACCGACUACGCCCGUGGCGUACUCAUUGCCAACGCUGCUUGGACGGCUAUCGGCCUCUGGAUUGUCAGUGGGCAGGGCUGUGCCGGCCUCUGCGGGCCACGCUAUCGCUGGGAGGAGGAUGACGCCGAGAAGACGGCGACGCUCGUGAACGACACGCUGUCCGAGCAGGACGCACUCCCGUGGUCGUGGAAGGAGUGCACGCUCCUGCGGAUCAAGGACGCGCACGACUUCUGUCUGACGAAGCAGCCGCGUGGCCCAGGUCGCGAGUCGCGCGAGCCGUCCGUCCCUAUCGAGGGCAUGGAGCGCAUCUUCGCAGCGGUGGGCCUGCCGUCGGCGCAUCAACCCGCACGGCGGGGUGUGCUCUCGGACGAGCUGUUUGCGACUCCGGAGCCGAUGGACGAGGAGAAGCGCCGCAUGAGCAAGUCGGCACCGGAGCUGUCGAAUAUCGCGUAUCCGCCGCCGACGGCGAAGCUGAAGGAUAAGCAACCUGCGGCCCCGCCAUCGUCCUAUCCAUUCGCGGCAUACCCUGCACAGCUGUCCUCGGAGGAGAGCGUACCGUUCCCGCCAUCACCUGAACCCGAUGAGAAGGAGGAGGAACAGGAGGGCGAGGAGGAGGAAGGGGAGGAGGAGGAAGAAGAGGAGGAAGAAGCAGAGGGGAGCGGAGAACCCUCAGACAGACGGACUUCCGGUUCGAUGUCCAGUCUCGGACAACCCAUAGCCUCGAGAUAUCCCUUCCAUGCUUCCCCCGCGUCACACAGGUCUCAUAUGACGCGGUCCACUCCUCAGUCGACUUCGACGCCGUCGCGAUCGACUCACACGCAUUCAACGCCGUCGACGCGCCUCUCACGCUCGACGCAGUCGACAGGCAACCAGGAGUCAUCGGACUCACCGAACGGAAGCUCCAACGCGCACAAUAGCUCGAUGUCGUCGAGCUUCGGUAGCGUCAUCCCAAUGCCUCCGAGGCAUCCGCAGGUACAGAGGAGGGCAAGAGCAGGCACAGUGCCCGCAGUGCUCGCGUCCCCCACGCCUGCUGUAUAUCCUGCGGGACGGCCGCGUGCGCGGACACGCACCGAAAGCGUGCUCCCUGCGCCUGACUCGUCACUCAUGGACGAAGCAGAACAGGAGGAUAGCGUAGGCUUGCUCCUCCGUCAUCGGGCGAGUGGCCUUUCGCAUCGGCGGGCUAACGGCUCCCGCUCGCGCUCUGGUAGGGGAUCAGGUUCCGGGUCUGGGUCGGGUUCAAGAUCGCAGUCCCGCUCGCGCACGAACUCGGCCACCUCGCGCUCGGACUGCGUCGAGGUCAUCCUUGGAUCUGCACGAUCCCGCGCACAUUCCAUGUCGUCCGCUUCGGACGCGGUUCUGAGCAGUCCGGAGAACCAUACGUUUGGUCAUCCUCUCAGAGAGCAAUGGCGUGAGGAGGAAGCAGGACAGGGUGGAGUUCCUGAGGUCCCGGAAGUUUCUGGUUCAGAUCCACAUUCGGGCGGAGAAGGCGACGAACAUCCGCACGAGCUUCGAGAAGCUCGCUCGACUCUGUCAACGAACGCGCCCUCUGCCCACGCACCCUCGGAGCAGACAUCUGAAUGGAGUUCGCACACUGAACGUCUUGGGAUCCCCAUUGUCGGUCGGCGACCUGCCGCCGAAGAGAGCCAGCCCGAUAUCAGCACAGCGGAUCAGUCGUAUGUGACCGCCCCGGCGACGGUCCAAGGAUCAACGACGCCUUCCGUGCAGACCCUUCAAGCUGGGAUUAUUGCUCGCAUCUUCAUCCCCGCCUUCCCCCAUCCCCCUUAA